UUUUGUGUUGCGGGAGUGUUGGAGGUGGCCGUGCUGUAAGCGAGAAGGCAAGGCCGCUCACCCGCCCGCCCGCGUUUUUUAUCCCCCCUCGCCUCCAUCGUCGUCAGCCAUUACAUUCACGGCGGUUAAGAGUCGCGGUGGUUAAGCGAGGGAACAGCGGGCGCAACUGAAUCUCUCGUCGUUCACACGUCCCGCGUCUUCCCCCCCCGUCGCCAUGAGCGCCAACUGCCCCCUGGACUGCAAGGUGUACGUGGGCAACCUGGGAAACAAUGGCAACAAGGCAGAGCUGGAGCGCUCCUUCAGCUACUACGGCCCUCUGCGCUCGGUGUGGGUGGCGCGCGCUCCGCCGGGGUUCGCCUUCGUGGAGUUUGAGGAUCCGCGUGACGCGGGCGAUGCCGUGAGGGAGCUGGACGGGAGAACGUUGUGUGGUUCGCGCGUGAGAGUGGAGCACUCCAGUGGACGCAGCCGGAACCGUGGUCCUCCUCCAGCGUGGAAUCGCCGGCCCCGGUACGAGGAUGACAAGCGGAGGAGCCCUGCUCCUGGCCCACGCCGCUCGCGAUCGCGGUCCCGAUCUCCCCGUAAGAAGAGCUUCAGCCGUAGCCGCAGCAGGUCGAUCCCAAGAGAGGCUCGCCGCAGAUCAUUCUCCAAUGAUCGCCCCCUAAAGAACCGCUCUCCUUCCUUCUCUCGCUCUCGCAGCCGCUCUCACUCUCCAGACAGAAAGUAAGUUCUUUCUGCAAGGCACUGGAAGUUGAGAAGAUGGAAGUGGUGUGUUGGUGUAAUUUUUAUACAGAUUGUACGGAAGUGACAAGUUCAUUCAUUUCACCACAGUGUUGGCGGCAUAGUAUAAAGUUAGUUGGACUUUUUUUCCCUAUCCACAGGAAAUAUCCCAAAGCUAUGUUGCUGCAGUCUGGAAAAUGAGAUUGUUCCAACCUUUGCUCAGAUGUGACUGUUUGCAAAGCAAGGCUGUCUGAAAUGUGCACAUGUGCAGUUGAACUUAUUUUUUCUAUAUUUAGUUCAAUACUUCAUGUUACUGUCCAAGUAAUGUAGCUGAAAAGUUUGCAUUGUUACCAUGAAUCAGCAGACAUUGCUGAAAUUUAGUGCAACGUUUAUUUUAAGUCUUGUGUAUAUAAUGAACAAUUUAAAAUCAAGUUUAGCUCUUCAGAUGACAGGCUUAAUUUGACAAUUGUGUUAGUGUAGGCACAAAUGUCUGGGUACAUUUGCCAUAGCCCACAGUCCCGUUACACACAUUGUUCAACUUAAGUUUUAUUUCUUGUAUGUUUGACCUUCAAUAAAAAUCGAAAAUGAA